GCUGAAUAAAAUAAGGGGUAAAAAUGUCAUCCCCACAAACCCACCAGCCACAUCAUCGAUAAUCAUUGUCAACAGCUUUCCACAAACAAGAGAAGCAACUUUACCUUCACAUUUUCUUCUUCAUUUUGGUCUAUGCAGUCUACUAAUCUUGCCAACAAAGCUGAAUGAUAUAAGGCUUACUAGGGAAAGUGAUCUUCAUGGGUGAUGGUCCUCGAGGAAUUCAAGUCUUCCCUGAUUAUUUUGCAGCAUCAACUUCUUGUUCAGGCUCUCCUCCAACUCCAAGCCAAGCAUCACCAUCUGCCACAGAGUUGAGAUCUCAGAGUCUCACAUCAGCUCGUAGAAGAUUAAAAAGUGCCAGAUCGAUGCUGAACUUGUUUAAUUUAAGGGGACGCUUGUCUUGGAAAUUAGGCGCAAAUGGUGAGGAAAAGGUUGUAUUAAGUGCUGUGGAGGUGGAAUCUCUUCGUUCAGAAAUAGCUUCUUUAGAAGAAAGAGAAUCUCACUUUAAAGCUCAGCUAGAGCAUAUAGAUGAAAUUCUGAGAUCUGCGCGUCUGUCAGGCUAUCUGUACUUGCGGAUGAGAUGGGCAGCAUUACCUGGAGAACAACCUCCCAUAGAUGAUACUGAAGUUGAUGAUUGGCUUCCACGCUUCAUUGUCCUUCAUGGAUCAUGCAUCUAUUUGUAUAUGAAAGCCACAGAUUUAAGUCCGCAGGACUCCACUAUCCUAUCUGAUGUUGUUGAAGUCGGUCGUCUUCCUUGCUUAACACUAGAAGAUGAAGCAUCUCGAUAUUGCUUUUAUAUCUUAACACGCCAUGGGCUGCGAUAUGAAUGCUCAAGCAAAUCCAAGAUACAAGUUGAUUCAUGGUUGGAAGCACUGCAGAUUGAUUGCAAGUUGGCACUCGAUCCUGACGAUCUGAACGAACCAAAGGUGUGAUUUGGUUUAUCUUAUAUGGAUCGCCUGUGCAUAUAUAUGUCCAGAUUCUUAAAAUUCUAUAAAGCAUCACAAAAUGAUUCUUGUUACCACUUUGUAUGUAGCCUAUUCUAUCAUGGAUCAGAGACAAUAAACGUUUUCAUCAUGUACAUAUCCUGUUUCAGGCUUGAAUUUUUUAGCACUGUAUUUAACAGAUUUUGACUCAUAAUAUUUGUGAAGUUUUAGUUAUUAUUUUACGUAA